AGUUUCAAAAAGGUUGGUGACCCCUGGUCUAGAAUGUAAGUUUCCCAGCAAAGCCCACUAUUCUUGUUAAUUUUGUUAGUAGUGGUAAAUCAGAUUUAAUUGUGUUAAAUUUAAACAUCCGAUCUUGAAGCUUAAAUGUAAAUUAGCAAGGUGAAUAUUAAACCGUUUCCUCCCUACUAUUAGUUUGUGGCAGCUCAUUUAUCCUCAUCAACCAGAAGGCUCUCACACUGACCACCCCUGACAGCCUCUGUUUGACACUGAAUGACAUCACAACACGAGAUCAGCUUUGAAAUCAUCAGUAUUUUCCCAUCAUGGAUUUUGGUGUAUUUUCCGUUUUACUGAUGAUGACCAGCCUGGCUCUACAUAAAGCUGGAAAUGGUCCACACAUCAUUACAGAUCCACAUGUUAAUGCCAACAUGGGUGGUGAAUUCACACUGAACUGUAGGCUGAGUCUGAGCAAUAUCAGCGUGUCACAGGUUGAGUGGUCAUGGGGAUCAUCAGAGAAGCCUGAAGAAAAAAUUGUUGUUUUUAACAAACAGUUUGGGACAAAAUACCUGAGUCCCAAAUUCGGUGGCAGAGUAACUUUCUUCAAUCAUUCCCAGCAUCAUGUGUCCAUCCAAGUCUCAGACGUGAUGAUGAAUGACACUGGGAACUACACCUGUCAGUACACCACCUUCCCCAGCGGCAUCUUUCAAGCGACCACCACAGUCACUGUAACAGAGCCCCCCCAUGGAUCUUCCCUUUGGAUUGUGGGAACUGUCAUGGCUGCCCUGCUGUUCACAGUGCUGCUGACUGCCGCUGUGUAUUUCACCCUAAAACAUGCCCAGAAAAAGACCAGUGCAAGAAGCCGCUCAGAUCAGACUAUCAAUGAUCAAGAUAAGGAUUUAAACUAUGCCAAAAUAGGUUUCUUCAGGAAAGCAGGCAGCACAAUGGUUCCCCAGUCCAAAUCAGACGUAGAGUACGGGGAAGUGAUCUUUCCCAGCCAAGCGUCGAGCGCCCAUUCUCCUGUAGGCUGACCGAAUGUGGACAGGGACACAAGUUACGCCAAGGUCAAGAGGGUCUAACUACUCUGGACUGAGCUCUGAUGCUUCAUUACACGUGACAUUUGUUCAUUAAGUAAAGUGUUCUAUUAACUGCCAGAUGUUAGUGUUGUUCACUUGUGCCCCUAUUGCUGUUAGACAGGUUCGGCCUGCGUGUGGUAUGAUAAU